CAGGAACAUCGCGUGGUUGCUGUUAGCGCAUUUCAAGACAAUGACUUGGAAGAUAUUCUCAAACAGAAACAAGGCCCUGUAUGCCAAUCUGAUUACGCUAAGCGUCAAGAGAAUACUACUGCAACAGCUGUAAACGAUGUAAACAACAACAUCGCUUGUAAUCUUGACUCUGCAAAAGGAUCAUUAGACACGAUUUCUUGUUGCAUUCAACUGUUAGAGGAAAAGUCUCGUUUACUCAAAUAUCGGUUUCAGACCAUCAAGGAACAGAUUGAGCUAACAGUCAAAUCGUUAGUCUUGACUCUCCGACUAAAGGAACAAGAAUUAAUAGCCGAAGCUGAAAACCAAACAAUUCAAGCACAGGAACAGCUAAGCAAGACCAAAGAAGAAUUUCAAGUUCAGUUAAACAAAAGGGGGGAAUUGGUAUCUCAGAUAGAAGCCCUUGUUGAACGCAAUACGGAAGUGGAAUGCGUGAACGCCAAAAAAAUGUUAGAUGAAUUAUUCCAAAAUCUCCAAGAGCUGAAAGACCUAGAUAUGCCAUCGACCGCUGACUGGAAAACUGUAACUAUGUUUACGAAAAACGAGGGCAUCUCAAAAUCAAUUCAGGAUUUAGGAAUCGGUCAUCUUGCCGCUAGAAAAACAACAACAGAGGCAAACCAGUGUUCGGUGAAAUGGUUCCAGGCAGCUACAGCCGGGCUGGAAGCAGAAAUUGAAGUCAUUACCAGGAAUUCGGCGGGAGAACAGUGCUAUUUUCCUGGAGAUUAUGUCUCUUUACAGUUAAUCUCUGCACAGGAUCGAAACACUGUUACAGAAAUCAAGAUCACUGAUAACAACGAUGGCAGCUACAAGGUCUCUUUCAUUCCAGGUGAAGCUGGGCAACAAUUACCAGCCGUUAAAGUCAAUGGAGAAAUCAUCGGCGAUUUCCCACCGAUUUUCAUCAAAGAAAGGUCUUUUAUCCCAGUUCGAUUGAUUGCAAAUGGAGUUGUUGAGGCACCAACUCUAACUGAGAGUCUGAUGGGCCUGGUAUCUGAUCCUUCCGGAUGGACUGAGGAGAACAGGUUAAAGAGCCCAUGGGGAGUGACUGUUAAUGACUUAAAUCAGAUCUUUGUCAGUGACAUGGACAACAAUAGAAUUGUAGUUUUCGAUGAAAAUGGGGAGUUUAUCAGAUCCUUUGGACAGGAUUAUGUAAAUAAACCAACGGGUAUAUGCAUAGAUAAUGAAGGUAGGAUUUAUGUAGCAAACAGGGGUGAUAACAAGAUUUUACUUUUCAAUUCCAGGGGGGAAUAUAUAACGGUGGUUCACAACGGUGAUUUGCUUAAAGAACCCCGGGGAAUAUCGCUAGAUGCUGAGGGAAAUCUUGUUGUCUGCGACAAAGGAAACUUUUGUCUUCAAUUUGUUUCUCCAAAUGGAAGUUUUUUAAAAAAGAUAGGGGAAAAGGGUGGACUAAAAUUUCCUUUUGACUGUCUGUGUUACCAGGAUAAAGUCUUUGUCUCUGAUCGUAAUGCCAAUCUAGUUAAAGUUUACAGCCACAGCAAUGGGAGAUUUCUGUAUGAGUUUGGCAGAUGUACGAAUGUAAACAGUGAAAUAGCAUUAAAAGAACCACUUGGACUGGCCUUGGAUAGACUAGGUAAUCUUUUGGUUUCUUCAGGGAAUUCUUCAAAUGAUCAUAGAGUAUUUGUAUACACUUUAGAAGGACGUUUUGUCACUGCUUUUGGGGGAUCACGUGGGGGAGAGCUGGGCCAAUUUGGAAAGCCUACCAAUGUUACUGUUUUAACAAACGGUCGUAUUGUUGUUUGCGAAUUUGAAAACUGCCGUUUACAGGUGUUUGACUGA